AUGAGUUUCUUCUCGCAGGCGCCGGUUGAAAUAGAAAUCAAGUUUGAUGGCGAGGAAGCGCGCCAGAUCAUCGACACCAAGGACAAGGACAAAAAUACGCAUCACCUGGCACCAUUGUACGGCGCAGAUGAGACAGUCAAAGGCUCAGUGAUCAUCCGCCCUCGAGACGGCCGCAAGGUGGAGCACACAGGCAUCAAAGUGCAGUUUAUCGGAGCCAUUGAGUUCAAGGAAGACAAAUCACAGCCUAAUGAGUUCAUUUCAUGGGCACGGGAGCUUGCGGCGCCUGGCGAAGUUCGCCACGCGGAAACAUACACGUUCGAGUUCAAAAAUGUGGAAAAGCAGUUUGAGAGCUACAAUGGCCUCAGUGUGAAGCUGCGCUACUUUGUGCGGGUCACAAUGUUCCGUCGGAUGAACGAUAUCGUUCGCGAAAAGGACUUAUGGGUAUACCAGUACAAACCGGAGCCUGAGGGCACCGCUAUGGUUCGGAUGGAUGUUGGUAUUGAAGAUUGCAUGCAUAUCGAGUGUGAGUACUCAAAGUCGAACUUUCACCUUAAGGACGUGAUUAUUGGCCGCAUAUAUUUCACACUGGUCCGCCUCAAACUCAAGCACAUGGAGCUGUCGCUAAUUCGCAAAGAGAGCGUAGGAGUGCCUCCAAACAACACAUCGCAGACCGAAACGGUUGUGCGAUUUGAAAUAAUGGACGGCGCCCCUGUCAAGGGUGAAACAAUUCCAAUUCGUUUGUUUUUGAGCGGCUUCGAUCUCGUUCCCACCAUGCGCGAUGUUAACAAAAAAUUCAGCGUCCGAACCUACUUGUCGUUCGUACUUGUUGACGACGCGGGUCGUCGCUAUUUCAAGCAACGUGAAAUUGGUAUUUACCGCAGCUCAGAAGAGUAA